AUGAACUCCUCGUCCGGUUACGGCUCGUGGCAGAUGCCCACCAACAGCGAGCCGGUCCCCGUUUGGCAACAUGCUCCCAACGGCGUGCCGCAGCCUGCGGGCUCUUUGUCCGAUUACACAUCCUCCACAUUGUCGAGCGCCAUCGCGAACAGUUCGUAUCCUGCCUUCCUUGGUCUCGACGGACAGGCGAUGCAGCAGCUGCCACACUCUCACCAACAUCAGCCGCCUGGUUACGAGCCUCACAUGUAUCAUCAACCGUACGCAUCCGACCCGUCGCGGUCGGUGAUGUCCAUCGACUCUACCACGUUCAAUCAGCUCCGAGCUGACUAUCCAGAUGCGUCUCCCGAGGAGCUCAUCAAUGCCGUCUUCCACACGCCGCAGGCUCAGGUGCAACAGCAGCCUACCUUCCAUCUCUCACAUCAAGCACCUCCGGGUGCGCCACAUCUGCAGCUGCACCCUUCCCAUUCGCAAACUCCCUCGCAACACGACUUGGUCAGAUCGCAUUCGGACAACUCACUUGCGAACGCUCUCAACUUCACCUCUUCGACGCCACUGUCUGCGAACCCUGCUCCGAGCUCUGCAUUUAGUGUGGAUCAUCCGACUCUGCCUUCGGGCUCGACACUGACGAGUGCCGAUGCCACGAAAAAGCCGGCCAAGCUGCGACAAUCCAAGCUCACGUUUCAACCUGGCGUCGCCCAGUCUGUGACCAAGAAAGAAUCCCCCCCAGCAGCUAGUCCGUCCGCAGACUCACAAAACCCGUCCAGUAACGAAGCGCCUGUGCCGGUCGCUAUUGACUCGGGUUCCGAGCCGGGUACGCCUCCACUGCCUCGGGCCAAAGCGCUGGCAGCCAAGUCAUCAGCCAAUGGCGCCGUCGGCAGCGCUGUCGCAGCCAAAAGUAAUGCGGCCACCGCACCAGCCGAGACAAGGAAGCUGUCGGACAAAGCAAAAGCGUUCCUCACUCGCCUGAGGGUGGAGCAGGAGCCGCAAAAGGCCGCGCGCAACCUAGUCGAGCUGCUUAGCGAUUUGAAAGCCAACGGCAGCUUCCACCAACCCAGACCCACCAGCCCCGAGGACCGCAAGGUCAUCGUCGAGACGCUCAACAACAUCGCAAAACUCGAAACCGGAAAAGGCUAUACAGACUCGGGGCGCAAGAGGUUCUUCGCUGCUCUUAUGGCGCUACCGGCAGCCCGACACAUUCUGUCGACGUGGCUGCGCGCAACAGCGCCACCAAAAAAGGUGACCGAGGCGACGCCCGAUCACAGCCGCCGAUACAGGGACACUUUGUUGCCUCUGCUCAACAUUCUCGAGUACGUGGAUAUCAAGAGUGCCUACCUCACUGAUGACGCAGGGCUGGGCAAAUCCAUCCAGGGUGUCUCUGUGCGUGCCGUUGAUCCAUCCGCGCGCGCGUUGGCCACCAGCAUCAAAGCAAAGUGGUCCAAGGUGGUCAACGACGAGGACACCAGGAAAGCUUCUCCGGCAGCGCGUCCCACUUCGUCGGCGUCGGCGUCAACAGCGGCUUCGACCCCCGGUGCGUCGGCGGCGUCUGCCAAACGCAAACCAGGCGAAAGUGCUGCCCAGGCCGAUAGCGUCAAGAGGUACAAGUCGGCAACAGCGGCUCCCACAGCACCGACUAUCGCUGCUCGGAAACCCACUGCAACUGCGUCGAGCAGCACAGCUGCCAAGCCUGCCCUUCCAUUCUUCGCCACAGGCAAUGCUAGGAGACCGACGAGCACGAGCAGUUCGUCGAGUGCGAAUGCUGCUAGUGCAAGUCGCCUGAGCGCACACCAGAACAUCAUGAGUCUGGUGAACAAAUUGAGCGGUGGUGCUGGAACCGGUGCCUCAUCGGCUGACAAGGCUGUAUCGCCUUCAGCCGACGCGCAGAAGGAGGCCAAAGCCAAGAAGACGGUGAGGUUCAAGGCAGACCACGAGUUGACCGAGAUAAGGCUGAUCGAGCCUGCCGACUAUGGACAGGGCGACGAAGAAGCGGUAGAGGGGGUCGACGCUAGGAAGGACGAGGGCCUUGCGCUUCGUCAAACGGUAAGCACGAUGGAGGCGUCGAUAGAAUGGCGCGAGCCACGCCCCGUGGAUGUGCCGAUGGCCGAGUCGGCACCACUUGGCAGUGGGUCGAUCGAGGGUCCCUUCCAAGCGCAACGCAAGGCAGAUCUCGAAGCGAAAGUCUGUCCUGAGGGAGAGGAGCCUGAUUGCCCAGACGAAUCCGAACUGGAACAACCGGGUACAAUUUCUGAGACCCCUCAAGAGCUGGCGGGAGCGGAAACUAAAGAGAUCCCAAUUCCGGACGACUGGAUCGUGGGAACGCCCACGGCUAUGGGAGCGAUGAAAGAGGAUCCAGGUUUGAACGAAGGAGACGUCGCAGAGAAUGCCGAAAGGCCGAGCUCGACAAUCACGGCACUGCCUCCGGUCGCAGAUCUCAGCGCUUUGCUCUCCAGUGUCGCGCAAUCUGUAGGCGCAAACAGCAGUGCAUCGACGGCCAGCGAGACAGGUACCGUGGCCGCCCCUACUCCUGCUACUGCUCCUGCUCCUGCACCUGCUCUCAAUUUUGACGUCAACCAGAUCAGGUCAAUUAUUAGCGCUGCCAAAAGCAACGGCGCCAAUUCGAAUGCUGUCAAUGCCGCCAUGGCAUCGUCCAACGUGACCAGCGACAGUCUGUCAAAGCUGGUGUCGAGUCUGGCGAGGUCGAGUGGGAGUUACAAUGCUCAAGCUCCAAGCAGCUAUGAAGCGCCUGAGCAAGCCAGGCAUUGGCCGCAGACGUAUGACAGCAAUGCAGCGAGCGACGCCGUUUUCCAGGAAGAGAGCUACCCGGGCGAAUACCAGCAAGACUACAUGCCAGCGACGCACCAGUACAAUCACACGCCGGCGGAGAGGGGUCCUGGGUACGAUGGACGCGCUCCAAGCAGUUGGGAGGAUUCGAACUAUGCGAGUUAUGGUGGAUAUCAACAAGGCGGACUGUCAAGCUAUGGAGGCAACGCCGGUGGUCGCGGAGGUGGGUGGCAGUCGAAACGCAACACGGUGCAGUGCAAGUUCUUCCUGCAAGGCAAUUGUCGCAAUGGUAGCUCUUGCAACUUUCGUCAUUGA